UCUCUUCAUAGUGACAUCACUUUAAUGUAGCAUCUCUUCAUAGUCACAUCACUUCAAUGUAGCAUCUCUUCAUAGUCACAUCACUUCAAUGUAGCAUCUCUCUUCAUAGUCACAUCACUCCAAUGUACCAUCUCUUCAUAGUAAUUUACUUAAAUAUAUCAUCAUCAUUAUAUUGUGAUUAUGGCCAUAUGUCAUGCAAGUAGAUGCUCAUUUGACAAACCUGUUUCUUACUUUGCAGUUGACUCUACUGGAGAUCGGGGUGAGAAACGGCGGCUCCUUGAAGAUGUGGCGAGACUACUUCGGUCCUGGUGUACAAAUCUAUGGCCUGGACAUUGAUGCCAAAGCAAAAAGAUUCGAAAAUAAACUAGACAGAGUCAAGAUCAUAAUUGGAGAUCAGGGAAAUGCAUCAUUUUGGACUGAAGCAUUGAAAACAUUGCCAAAGUUUGACAUAGUUAUUGAUGAUGGGGGACACACAAUGAAUCAGUUAAAGGUAACGUUUGAGCAUCUAUACAAUCAUGUGAAGCCAAAUGGUGGGGUUUAUCUUGUGGAAGAUGUUCAUACAGCUUAUUAUUG